GAAAACACCCAGCACGAUCCUUAUUUAUUACGGCAGAGCAGGUCGUUUCGAGAAGACAUUAUAAUAUUAUAUCAUUAUAUUAUUGUAUAAUGAUAUAAUAUAUGUAUGAUGUAUUAUGUUAGAUCUUAAAGCUGAAUGAUCCGGCUCAUGGUCGUCAGCGCGCGGAGAGGACCGUUGAAAAGGACCGCGGGAGGAACGCUCGUGCGGUGCGCGCCGCCUGGGUUUUUGAUCUGGCCUCGAGCCGCCUGUCUCGUGCUGUGAUGACGUCGACCUAGGACCAGGACUCUGUUCCCCUAGAACCAGGAACAGGACCAGGACUCUGCUCCCCAGCUUCAGGACCAGAAACAGGACUCUGCUGUCCUCCCAGCCUCAGGACCGGACUCUGCUGUCCCCCCAGCCUCAGGACCGGGACCAGGGCUCUGCUGUCCCCUCAGGACCAGUACUCUGCAUUCCCCCUAGCCCCAGGACCAGGAGCUCUGCUGUCCUCCCAGCUUCAGGACCAGGACUCUAGUGUCCCCCCAGGACCAGGACUCUGCUGCCCAGCCUCAGGUCCUCUGAGUGGAGGACAGACUCCAUCCACAGUCGAGACAUGAGGUCUCUCCUGCCUGGCGUGGCAUUGACUUGCUCGCUGCUCCUAGAGUGUGUGGAGGGAAAGAAGUACUGCUGGUAUUUUGAAGGUGGAUACCCCAUCUACUUCAUAUGCCGUUCCUAUGAGGACUGCUGUGGGACCCGCUGCUGUGUGAGAGCUCUCUCCAUCCAGAGACUAUGGUACUUCUGGCUGCUGCUGAUGAUGGGGGUUCUGUUCUGCUGUGGCGCCGGCUUCUUCAUCCGCCGGAGGAUGUACCCGUCAGUGCUGAGCGACGACCCCGCCUUCAACGUGUCCUUCACCAGGCAGGCCGUCGCCACGCCAGUGUUGCAGCAACCAGGGACCCUGCAGGGUUUCGGUGUCAACAGCAGGAUGGGCGACCCGGGCGUUUCCACGGCGGCUCCGGCGUACCCGUCCCAACCGGGCGCCGCCCAUCCCAUGAUGAGCUCCUACCCUCCGCCGCCGUCCUACUGCAACCACCCCCCGCCGUCGUACGACCAGCUGUUCCACGACGCCGCCGAUAAGAAGUAGUGGGACGCCGUGGGGUUUGGAGGACGAGAGACCACCACCCUCACCCUCCCCCCCCCCCCACCUCAGAGUGGUGCUUCAACACAACGUCUGUCUGUGUGUCUGGCUGGCUGCAGGACGUACAGAGCGAUGGCCCUGGACUCUGAACGCGCUGACAUACACCAGGAUGACUGACUCGUCGACAAUUCAACAAGUGGCAUUAGACAUGUUGACCUCUGACCUGAGAGGCGGGGAGGAGGAGGGGGGGGUCUGGCUUUGCGACGCAGGCAUGCAUCUGUGUUUGUGAUGUUUUGUGAACAAUGUGGGGCUGUCCUUCUCCUGCAGCACAGCAUGUAGCACAUGCACAAGGGCACCCAAAACAAGAGAGAGCACCGGAGAAACAGCGAGUCUGACUAGUGAACACAUCUGAAUCAUCUGGCCACAGUAAGACAAAGGGCCGGUCCAAGAGAAAUGGCAGAUUAGACAUGCUUUACACAGUCUCACACAUAUGCACUCCCUCGCUUGCCUGUGCUUCGACCUUCUGCUUGAAAAGAACAGAUUUGUCCUGUUUUAGAUGGUAGGCCUGGAAAUGUAAAUCUAUGAACAAAAGGGACCUUUGCCACACCGGGAUCUUCAACUGUCACCCACAUCGACAGGUGGUUUUUAUGUAUAUUCUUUAGGUUGUGUUUUGAACAUUUGUGCUGCUAAACGUAGAUGAGCCGGUCCGUAGUUUGUGUCGCUCCAUGAUGUAGCUUCGUCAUUUGGAUGUCUCCUUCUUUCCUACGUCUUCUGCUUUAAAACACAGAAUCUUUGUGAACAAUGACUUGCACAACACCAACGCUGGCAUUGAGAGUCCAUAUAAUCAAGUCACCCUUUUCUAAUUGGCCUUCUGUUGAAAUAAAACAUCCCCUCUUACACUAGAGAUUGGGAUUUGGAGUUAGUUUUGUCAACUGUGGACCCAAAGUUCAUGGGGAAACGUUUCAUCCUGUAACUAUGCAAAAGAUAAUUUAUAAAUCAGUAGGAGGCUGUUUUGGUAACGUAGUCUUCCUCAUGUUGUCUAGAUUAGUUAUUCUACUCUUCAGAGUAGUGAUUCUGCUGGACCGUAGUUCUAACCCUAACCCAGAAGGGGGACAGGGGGAUCCGGUGGUAGAAUAGUCUUAACCGUCAUUAUACAUCUGUGAAAUAUGUAAAUAAAAGGUCACUUCUCUGAUGAACUCGUUUCCUAUUGGA